AGAGAGAGGGAACCGUGUAUUGAUCUUCUCCCAGAUGAGAAAAUGCUUGAUAUUCUUGAGGACUUCCUUUCUUUCCUGGGAUACACAUAUGCACGCAUUGAUGGACAGACAGCACUCUCUGAGAGGCAGGAGAGCAUAAAAGAAUACAACAACGUUGAAAGUGAAACAUUUAUUUUCUUGAUGUCAACUUGUGCUGGUGGUAUAGGUAUUGACCUGCCUGGUGCUGAUAGAGUAAUUAUAUAUGAUCCAGACUUCAAUCCAUUUAUGGACUUGCAAGCACAGUCCAGGGCUCACCGGAUUGGCCAGACCCGACCGGUGGUUGUUUACCAGCUUAUUACAAAAUGUUCUGUUGAAGCAAAGAUAUUGCAGAAGUCUAAGCAGAAGCUGACCAUUGAAAAUAUUUUAAUGAACUCUUCCAAGAAGCCGCCAAGUGCUGAUGAGCUGAAGUCCAUUCUACUACAUGGAGCCAAGAUAAUUCAGGACAAAAAGGAGAUUAAAGCUGUAUCAAUCCAUUAUGAUGACGAGGCCAUUGAGAAUCUCCUCAAGCUAGACCCUUCUAGUGAUGAGAUGUGCACUAAAGAAGGCAACGGUUAUCUCGGCGGCGUCGAGAGCUUUCCUCAUGGUGCCGAGGACGUAGUACCUCCCUCCCCCAAGGUUGAGGAUUUAAAAGUAUUCAAGCCUGCCACUCCCAAGGUGGAUCUUGGCCGCGGGAGAAGGCAGAGGAACGCCGUGAAGUAUUUCGAGGAGAUGGACAAUGAAGACAGCGAUGACAUGUACGCUCCAGAGGCUUCCUCCGAGUCCAGUAGCUCUUCCUCUGAUGAUGAAACAGAUGAAGAAAUUCCUGAAGUAGCACGCGCUAGAACUGAAGUAGACAUGAAAGCUGAAACAGUGAGCGUUGUGAAGCCAGAAGUAGCUCCCGUUCCUGGCAGCCCCUUGACUUCCUCAGAGUCAGAGUCCGGCAGCUCUUCCUCGGAUGAUGAAAUGGAAGAGGACCAAGAGGUUAAGCCUAUUGUAGCAGGCGUGAAGCCUCAAGCGUCCGGCAGCUCUUCCUCAGAGUCAGACUCCGGCAGCUCUUCCUCAGAGUCCGGUAGCUCGUCCUCAGAGUCAGACUCCGGCAGCUCUUCCUAGGAUGAUGAAACCGAAGAGGUUAAGUCUGUUGUAGCACCUGACAGUUGAUGCAGAAACUCAGGCUAGUCGUCCAUUCCUUUUGUAUAGGAUUAUCUAUAUAACUGCUUAAGUAGAAUUAUGUAGCUGAUUUAUAUGCCGACUUUUGGGGCGUCUGUCCAUGUAUGGUGAGAACUGACGAGUGAUGGCACCUUUAUUGCCUUAUUUAUGGUUGCUGAUAUAUAGCUACGUAAGAAUUAUGAGUGAU